ACACACAGACACACAGACACACACACCCUAAUUUGUGUUCCUGCAUAAGCCACAAGGAAACUAUUUAAGGAGGAAAAUGUAUGGAGAACUUCUCAAUUCAACCACUGCAACUGAUCCCCACCUGAUCAUUCAGACCAACACUCCCUAUCCAGGGAGCACUCACAGACCUAUCAGCUCUUCUGCUUUUUACAUGUCCACAGCCAGAGUGCUAAAAGAAGGUGAGAUCAAUAAGCCAGACCUGGUGACAUACAUUGUCCUGUUCUUCUUCCUGCUCUUGGCUGUCACAAUCAUUGUACUUUUUAUUAACUGCCAGCUGAAACACUCUUUUUUCGCCACGCUGCCUUAUGACAGAUCCCUGCGAGAAGCUAGGAGCCCAUGGAAAACGCAGGCUGUCUAAUCUUCAACAGUAGGAAGGGAAGGGGGAAAGGCUAAGCUAAGCUAUGUUAUGACCAGGAUCUUGUGAACUCUCUUAUGUAAGUUGCCAUGGGAUAAAGCCAGCUAUGUACACAUGAUGAUUUUUCUCUUCAACAACUAACUUCAACACUAAACAUGAUCCAAAAGAGACCUAUUUCACAUACACACGCAUACUAUUUUGUGUGUGUGUGUGUGUGUGCAGAAUAACUACAAAAAGAUGUAAAUAAAAAGAAUGUGCAUGGAUUUCCAUGAGUCAGUUAUUAUCAACAUUCAUUUAUGGAUCAGGGUGCCUAUGGUACAUGAUUUCAGACUGCAUAUUAAAAGUGUGGAUACAAAUUUCAGCACU